AUGACCUCCGAUUCCACGCUAUACUUCACCGCCGUCGAAGAUAUGUUCAAGGAAGUGUUAACAAUAGAGGACGAGGACGAGGUUCCUGAGAACGAGGAGGCAUCCGAAACUCCAAAACGCUAUGUGCGCUUGCGGCAGCAAAAGUUAUUCGCGAAUGACUCCAGUAGUUUUGUAAUAAGUCGCCGAUCUCCGAAGACUGAAUCUAACAGCCUCAAAUUGAAUAUAUCGCCUAGAAGGCUCAAGGAGCUCCGCGGUGAGGAGAUCCUCCGAAUGCGCAAGGAUCGGGCGGAAAAGGAACGAAUGAAACCCCAGAGACGACUUACCUUGAGGAUUUAACUUCACCGAUCGACUUUCUUUGUAUUUUGUUAUCCAAUCGAAGUGCUUCCCCGUUGUAUGCUUUAAGAGUUAUUUUUAAGUUCUACCAAGUAUGCUGUGGUUACUUAUGACU